CUGUUGGGGGCAGCAGUGCGCCCCGCAGUGUCUGCGCUACCGGAAACAGAACCGGAGUAGAAGAAGAAGAAGAAGAAGAAGACUCCAUGCACAAGUCAAGCAAGGAUAGUUGUGAAACGAGCUAACUAGCUGCUGCUGCUGGACUUCAUGUCUUGUGUUGUGUGUCAGUAAGAGUCGUUAUCCUCGGAGCUGCUGCUGUAAAACCAAAAAGAGGAGUUUAAUCUGAAGAGAUGAGCUCAGUCAGAGAGGAAGGUAAAGACCGAAUCAUCUUUGUCACCAAAGAGGAUCAUGCAACGCCCAGCAGUGCUGAGCUCGUUGAGGAAGAUCCCAACGACCCAUACGAGGAGCGAGGUCUGAUUCUUCCCAGUGGGGAUAUCAACUGGAACUGCCCCUGCCUGGGUGGGAUGGCCAGUGGACCCUGUGGGACGGAUUUUAAGGACGCCUUCUCCUGUUUCCACUACAGUACAGAGGAAUUGAAGGGCUCUGAGUGCCUGGAGCAGUUCAGGGCCAUGCAGGAGUGUAUGCAGCGUUACCCGGAUCUCUAUCCACAAGAAGAUGAGAAGGUGCAACAAGAACAAUUAUCAGAAACGGACCAGACCUCACAGGACAUUGCAUCUGCAGAAACAUCAGGUGCAAACUCAACAUCUGCCACUGAGCAAGACUCUGAUACGACACAACCCAACACAGAGGGCUCAGUGAAAAGCUAAUGAUGAGCCUCGAGAGCCACGAGGCUUUAAAAGUGCUAAAUUCCAAAUUCAGAGCAUAUAUAUGAUUACGCUUUCACGACAACGCCGUCGGUCGGGACGGCGUUAUCAGCUGUAACUGCCAUAUGAGCGCACUGCAGAGCGGUGGCUAUUAGCUAUCCAGUUCACACACGGGACUCAAAUGCACGCGCAGUCAGACUGCCUACGUAAACAAAACACAGAGAAGCUUGGAUUACAACACACACAGAGGGAGAGUGACUUAAUUCUCUGCACAGAUAGACAUUACUCCUCUAUCUUUACAUAGC